UACUGUUCUUCCAAUGUGGGACAAAAAUACACUAUACAUAUCUGUAAACUAACAAAUCACAUUGAUAAGCUGGAGGUGCAAGGGCAAACGACCCCAAACUCUGAAAAAAUCAAGAAGGAAAUCAUAGACUUGUAUCAAAAGUUGUACGCUGCUGAACCUGAAAUAUGGAGGCCAAAUUACAAUCUUGAUAGGGGGACCUUUCUAACAGAGGAGGAACGUUUAUGUUUACAAAGAGAGUUUGAAGAACAGGAAGUGGUGGAAUGCCUCAAGUCCUAUGCUUAAGAUAAAACACCAGGACCCUGAUGCCUUCACCAUGUGUUUUUUUUCAGAAAUGCUGGCCAAACAGUCAAGGAAGAUGUCAUGUUGACCCUUAAGAAUUUGCACUCUAAUGAAUACUUUGAGAAGAAUGAGGCUAGAUAACUUAAAGAUUUUAGGCCAAUUAGCUUGAUUGGAAGUGUUUACAAGAUUAUAGCCAAAGUCUUAACUGAAAGGCUGAAGACUGUAAUUAAUAAGCUUAUUGGAGGUCAUCAAAUGGCUUUAAUUAACAAGUUCAUUGGAGGUCAUCAAAUGGCUUUCAUAAAAGGAAGACAAAUCAUGGAUGCUUCUCUUAUUGCUAAUGAGGUGGUUGACUCUAGACUCAAAAGCAAAAUCCCAGGUGUUCUAUGCAAGCUGAAUAUAGAGAAGGCUUACGACAAUGUCAACUGAAAGUUACUCCUGAGAUUAAUGUCUGAUAUGGGCUUUGGAACUAAGUGGAUUAACUGGAUCCGUUUCUGUCUUAGCACUGUAAAAUUCUCUAUCUUGAUUAAUGGCUCACCCCAAAGUUUUUUCUCUUAGAAAGGGGGUUAAGGCAAGGGGAUCCUUUAUCCCCCUUUUUGUUUUUGAUGGCAAUGGAAGGGUUGAAUCAGAUGAUCAACACUGCAAAGUCAAAUGGAUGGAUCAAUAGGUUCAAGGUGUCUAACAGACAAAAACGACUCUAUCAUUUUCAUUUUCAUGGGAACUCAACCAGAAGAGAUGCUUCAUCUCAGACUGAUAUUAACAACCUUUGAAGCUGUUGCAGGCUUACAUGUUAACUAGGGAAAGAGUAAGCUAUAUCAGGUAAAUAAAGUUCCAAAUAUACAGAAUUUGGCUAAUAUCUUGGAAUGUGGAAUAGAGAACCUACCUACUAAAUAUAUAGGCCUUCCUUUGGGAUCCAAAAACAAGUCGUAAGAAUUCUGGCAAGGGGUGAUUGAAAGGAGUGAAAAAGGACUUUCAACAUGGAAGAGUCAAUACUUGUCACUUGGAGGUAGGGUGACUCUGGUGAAUAGUGUCUUAGAUGCACUGCCUUCCUAUGUGAUGUCCUUAUUCCCAAUACCAAGUAAGGUGAGGAAAAAGAUUGAUUCCCUAAGAAAAAAUUUUAUUUGGCAAGGAAAUAGUGAGAAAAAGACUAUUCACUUAGUCAAAUGUGAUACUCUUUUGUGUUCAAAGCAGGCAGGUGGUUUAGGUAUCAGAAACCUAAAGGCACAGAACAACAGUCUCCUUGCAAAAUGGUUAUGGAGGUAUAAUUUGGAGGAAACAACUUUAUGGAGAAGGGUGAUACAAGAGAAGUAUGGCCAUGGAGGACCUUGGUGCACCAAACCAGUAUCAUCCCCAUAUGGAGUCGGUGUAUAGAAAACAAUUAGGUGACAAUGGAGGUUCAUUGUUGAUCAUUCUAGUAUCAAGGUUGGAAAUGGAAGAAGAGUUCUCUUCUGGUGUGACACAUGGUUUGGGCACAUUUCUCUAAAUGAUUAGUUUCCAGACUUAUAUAACAUUGCUGUGAACCCAAGAAUUUCAGUAGCAGAAGCAAAAUCCACACUUGGGUGGAAUAUUGUUUUCAGAAGGAACUUAAAUGACUGGGAGUUGCAAAGUGGCAGAAUUCUGGCAGACUUUAGAAGCCUUCCAAGGUCUCACAGAAGAGGAAGAUGUUUUAAUGUGGAAGGGUCACAAAUCAAGAACCUUUUCAGUGAAGUCUGCUUAUCAUUUCAUCAACAUUACUUCUAAUCCUACUCAAGGAUGGCCAUGGAAACAAAUUUGGAGGGCCAGGGCGCCAACAAAAGUCUUAUGCUUCACAUGGUUAGUAGCAAUGGAAGCUGUUCUAACUCAGGAUAAUCUUAUUAGGAGAGGAAUUCAGCUACAAGCUAGGUAUAGUCUUUGUGGCAAAGAUGGGGAGUCAGUUUCCCAUCUCUUUAUACACUGUCCAGUCACUACUCAACUUUGGCAUUUCUAUCUUAAUUUGGCUGGAAUCUCAUGGACAAUGCCCAAUAACACUGCAUCUCUUCUAAGUGGCUGGAACAGUGGAGGUGCAAAUAUUAAAUAGAAGAAAUGGUGGAAAGUAGUUCCUGCUUGCAUCUGGUGGGUCAUAUGGAAGGAAAGGAAUGCUAGAGUUUUUGAAGAUAGGCCUAGCUCUUACCAGAAAAUUAAGCUUAAUUGUUUUUUGUUAUUUCAUUUUUGGUGCAAAGAGAGCUAUAGGGAGGAUGUACAUUCUUUACUAGAUUUGCUAGAAGAAAUGUAAUCGAACAGAAUAGGCUACGUAGUCUCAGAUCUUUUGAUUCUGAAUGUGGCCCACACAAUCUCUUGUAAAUAUUUUACUCUUUUAUAAAAAAUGUUACCAUUAUAAAAAAAACAAUGUUUCAUUAAGAAAAUCCAAGUACAUCUGGAGUAGUCAUCAAUGACACUAACAAAAAAACAAAAUACAAAGUGGAACCAACUCAAAUAAGGCCUCAAAUGUCAGAUGUCACUAAAGAAAAAGAAGAAUACUUUAUUAUCAGGACGACGAGGAAACUGGGAACAGGUGUGUUUCCAAUUUGAUAUGACUCACACUUCAAAAUAGACAACUUAGACAAACAAGAUACCAUCUUUUGAAGUUUGGAUUAGCUAGGAUGUCCUAGUCAUCAAUGGAGUAAUUCCGGAGAAUCAGUAACUGGGAGUAGAAGUGCUAGCAAGGGUGAGGUAAUAGAGUCCUUCAUCACUGGUGCCAAUCACCUGUGCCCCAUCGCUGUCGUGUGUGACUAUUGGAUCAUGGAAGAAAGUUACAGAACAGUUUAAUGUACGACUUAAAUGGCUAACUGAUAUAAGAUGAAAAUGGAUUACUAGGAACAUAAAGUACAUAAUUUAAGGUUAAAAAAGGAAGUGGUGUGACUUGACCAAUUCUAGUUGCCAUGGUUUACCAUUAGCCAAUAUGACUGGUGGAAGAAACUGUCAAAAGGAGAUACUAGAGAAAAGUGAUUUGUUACCCAAUAUUUGUAGUGUUCUAAAAUACAAGGGCAUUAAGCUGGGUGUUUUACCCGACACAGGGCGAAAUUGAGAGGAAGCCCUAAGGAUAUUUAAUUUUAAUAUUUUAUAAAUUAAUAAGAUAAGCACGUAAAUCACGAAAAAGCAAAAUUCCAGCAAAUUACAUGGUUGAUCGAUGUACGAGCUAAAUCAAACACGCAAAAUGCAAUUAAAAUAAUGUUUCUGAAUUUGUGGCAUUAAGAGAUAAUUAGUUAUAUUGAUUUUGUCAAGUACAAAUGAUGAAGUAAAUUACUAGCCAUUGUUGUUAAAGGCUAAGAGGUGCAUAAACUUAAAAGACAUUUCGUCUUGCUUAGACAGCGAUUUAGUGCAUGCCCAAAGGCGCUAAGGCAUGUGCCCUAAUCAUCCAGGGUUCUAUAUCGGCUUUCUCUUUAUAUAUAUGUGUGUGUAUAUAUACAUUUAUGUUGUUUUUGUUAAGCAAACAUAAUUAUUUGAUUUGGAGUAUGAAACUAGAGAUUUAGUAAAAGAAAUUAGUCAGUAGACCUGAUUUAGAAACUUAAAAAAGUAUCGAUGCCUUUGACUAGAAUGUAAAAAUGAUUUUUGAAGUUCAUUUACAUGAGUUUUGUUUGAUAUACUUGCGUAAUAGUUGUUUGUGCUCAAGUUGGUUUUUAAAAAAAAAAUGUUGUUUGUGCUUUAGUUAGUUUCUCUUCCGUUGAAUAUAUAUAUGUGUGUGUGUGUGUGUGUGUGUGUUUUCUUCAUUUGCAUCUUUCAUCCUUAAAGCUCUUGUUUUAGUAGAGCUUUGCACUAAAAGCUCCAUGGAAAUUGGUGCAUUUCUAUUUUUCACCUUUAGCAACACCGUUACAUGCUAAUCUUUUCUGAGUUUUUUCUGCAAAUUGUCUGAACAUAGGAGGAUUGCAAUAUUUUUGCUGGGAAGCUUCUCAAAGCUUGUAUUUCUUCACCAAUGUGCAAAGGCAUAGUGAAAUCGUCUAUUUUUUAAAAUUUAUUUUCUGAUCUUAACCUACUUUUUAUUUAUUAUCAGGCUAAGUAAUUUACUAAUUUUAUUCGUUUUGAUGGUCUCACCAUAUCUGUAUAAACAGAUAUAAAACAGUUACCCGCAGGUACACAGAGAGAGAGGGAGGGAGGGUUAUUACUAUUUUUUGCAGCAGUGAAGAUAAUCAGAGUGUAAUUCAACUUUUUGGCCCGAGGGCCAAGAUAUGUCUUCUAUUUAUCCAUACAACUAAGAUUGGCUGAAACUCAAAAGUACAUAAGAGUAUCAUGUCUAUCUGAAACACAUCAGAUUACAUUGGAAUUUGUUGGGUUUGAGUUCUUAUUUACUCUUCCAUUAGUUAUCUUAUUCCUUAGUGUCAAUGUUGUUUCAUGUUGAUAAUAGCUGGCUCAAAGUAAUGACGUUCUUACUAUAUUCCAGGAUGGCACAGUUGCUUAUUUUGCCACAGAAGUUCAAGUUAUCAUUGUUAUUGCUGUGUAAAUGCUCUAUGCAAUCGCUGCAUCCUUUAUACAGAAUUUGCCCAUAUUAAAGGGAAGUAUGGAUUCUGCAAUGACUGUUUAAAGCUUGCUUUACUUGUGGAAGAAAACAUGGAUGUUGAUUCUGAAGGGGAAAGUGUCAACCUUAGAGACCGGGAGACAUAUGAAGGCCUGUUUAGAGAGUAUUAUGAAACAGUCAAGGAAAAAGAAAGAUUUGACAAAAGCAGUCUUUUUGCUGCUAAAGAUCGACUGAACAGGGACAAUGAGUACCAACCAACCUCUAAUUCAGAUGAAGGUAGUGAAGAAGUGGAUGAGCAGCUGGUUUCUGACUAUGAAGGUUCGAAUGAUGGGAAACCUCACAAGCGAGGAUGUAAAAAGAAGAGAUAUAAACUUCAGCAACAAAAAUUGCAACGAAAAGUCAAAUCGAAGAAAAAGGAAUUUGUUGGAUGGGGGUCAAAAGCUCUAGUUGACUUUCUUCAGUUUAUUGGUCAAGAUACUAGUGAAACAUUAUCCCAACAUGAUGUGUCCUUACUAAUAAAUAACUAUGUAAAAAAACAUGAUCUUUGUGAUCCAGUAAAAAAGAGGAGGAUAAUUUGUGAUGCUAGAUUACAAACAGUCUUAGGUAAGAAAAAGGUUAACAUAGGCAGAAUAUAUAAACUCCUUGAAGUACACUUUGCCGAAAAUGAGGAGAAUUCGGAAGAAGAGGAGCUUGAUGAUGUUCUUGAAGAAAAUGACAGGGAAAUAUUGGUGGCUUCUGAAAUGGGCAAAAAGUCAGAUCCAAACAAGAAACUGACAAAGAAGUAUCUUACUCCAGCUCCGAGUCAAUUUGCAGCCUUGGUCCCUGAAAAUAUCAAACUUGUCUAUUUGAAGAAGAGCCUGGUGCUGGAGAUGAUCAAGCUGCUGCAAUCAAAUGAAAACAAGAUUAUAGGAAGUUUUGUUCGGGUGAAGUCAGAUCCAUGCGAUUACAGCCAGAGAAACUCUCAUCAGCUUGUGCAAAUCACAGGCAUCAAGCAAGGCUCAAUUGGUAAGGGCAAAAAUGAGACUUUUCUUCAAGUUUCAAAUACGUUCAGAGAUACUUGCUUGAGCAUGCUUUCAGAUGAUGAUUUUACAUUGGAAGAAUGUGAAGAUUUAAGAGAGAAGGUGAAAGCUGGAUUACUUAAAAAGCUUACUGUGUGGAUUGCUCGAAAGCUAUCUUUGUUGGAGAAACUCAUUGAUCAAGCAAAUGAGAAAGGAUGGAGAUACCAAUUUUGUGAGUAUAUGGAACAAAAAAAGCGUCUAGAGAAUCCAUCAGAACAGUCGCUAUUGCUACAUAAUUUUCCCAGAGUGACUCCUGAUGUAGCAGAGCUUGAACCUUUGGCUGAGCACAAGAUCCAUGACGAGCAGGAGCAUCAAUGCUUACGUGAGACAACCCCUUCCAAGGUUGUCAAUGGUAAACAGGAAGAUAGAGAAACUUACUCAGAAAGGAACGCACAGCAGUAUCAUGCAUACUCUCCAGAAGAAAAGGCUGAAAUUAAUGUUUUAGAAGAGCCUCAUCAGUUCACAGCAACUGAUCCAAACAGAUCAAAAACAUCCUUACUGCAAGAAAUCUCAGAGCUUAAAGCAGCUUCUCAAAUUGAAGUAGACGCUUCGCUUAGCAAUAAUGAUCAAAAGGUAAAUCAGCAACUGUAUGGUAAUAUGGCACCAACAACAGUAGAAAGUCAAAAGCUGGAAAGGAUUGAAGUUAUAGAUUUGAGUAAUGAUGAUGAGGCCAAAUUGGGUGUUGCAGCUGAGGAUCUAGACAUGCGUAUAUGGCAUAUUUCUGGCCAAAAUGAAAAGUAUUCACUGUCAUUGCUUCAACGUUGGGUCGAGAAGACUCCUUCUGCCUGUAAGUUCAAAGUCUGGAAAGAAGGUCAAAGUGAAGAAAAGGCUAUCUUGUUGAGCAAAGCUAUAAACCUGGUUUUACCACGGAAAUAGGCGUCAAGAUACCAGUAAAAGUAUCGAAUCAUAUGAGAGGUAUUUUGUACAUAAGAACUCUGAUCAAGCUCGCAUUUUCAUGUCUCUUAUGUAGAUAAUUAUAGCAAGUCUUCCAACCAUCUUUCUACAUGAACCGUAAGAUCUGCCUGUAGGAAAAUUGUUGCAAGUGUCUAUAGUGAGUGCACAGGUGAGGCCAAGUACAUACCAGAUGCAAAGAUAUCACCAUAUAUACAGUUUGUGUCACCUAGCACUGAUAGAGGAAACUUUUUUCUUCUUUUCUAUUUUCCUUUAGUACAUUACAUGGUCUAAUCUUCUCUUAUUUAGAUACCAAAUGCUGCAGUCUGCAUCUAACAAUGUGAUGGAUCAUAGUUUAUUCAACAAUGCCUUGCGAAAACUUGGGCAGAUUUUGCCUUUUGUGUAAGUGGGAGUGUACCAAAUGAAGAUUGUUCAUGUAAUUAUCAGUUGAUCCUGACA